UCCUUUAACUCUGACGCAAAAUGCAAUGGACCAGCGACAGGAAAGAUGGGCGCUCUUAAAUAGGAACUACUAAGCCAAUCGGAAAGCAGGAGCCGGUGGGCUCCGCGGAUUCGCCCGUCUUCCUUCUUGCCGUUUGGAGUCUCCCCAUGCGCGAGAAUUAUGGAUCCAAACUUGUUACGAGAACGAGAACUUUUCAAAAAACGAGCACUCUGUACACCUGCUGUAGAGAAACGUCCAGCACCUUCUUCUGAUUCCUCAUCUUCUAAAAAGAAGAAAGCCAAAGUAGAACAGAGUGGUUCAUCAAGUUCAAAACCAAAUACAGACCACAGCAAUGGAACUUUUAAUUUGAAAGCUCUUUCUGGAGGCUCUGGCUACAAGUUUGGAGUGCUUGCAAAGAUAGUGAACUAUAUGAAGACACGACAUCAACGUGGUGAUACCCAUCCAUUAACUCUAGAAGAAAUAUUAGAUGAAACACAACACUUAGACAUUGGACUGAAGCAGAAACAGUGGUUAAUGAGAGAGGCCCUUGUCAGCAAUCCUAAAAUAGAAGUUAUAGAUGGGAAAUAUGCUUUCAAGCCUAAGUAUAACUUAAAAGAUAAAAAGGCCCUGUUGAGGCUUUUGGAUAAGCAUGAUCAACGAGGAUUAGGAGGAAUACUUUUGGAAGAUAUUGAGGAAGGUCUUCCUAAUGCACAAAAAGCAAUUAAGGCUUUAGGAGACCAGAUCAUCUUUGUUACCCGUCCUGAUAAGAAGAAAAUUUUAUUCUACAAUGAUAAGAGCUGUCAAUUUACAGUGGAUGAAGAAUUUCAAAAACUUUGGAGGAGUGUUCCUGUGGAUUCUAUGGAUGAAGACAAGAUACAAGACUAUCUGAAACGCCAGGGUAUUUCCUCUAUGCAAGAUGUAGGCCCAAAGAAAUUAGUUCCUAUCCAGAAGAGGAAGAAGCCAGCAUCUCAGAAGAAACGGAGGUUCAAAACUCACAAUGAUCAUUUGGCUGGUGUAUUGAAGGAUUAUUCCGAUGUAGCUCCUGGCAAAUAAAUUGAUCUUCUGAACUGAACUGUUAUGUUGAUGUGGAUGCUUAGGACACAGAUGUCCUUUGUAUAUCUGAUGUGGUUCUUUCAUCUUCCAUUUCUGUAGCAGAUGAAAAGUAACAACUUUUGGGAUCAAGAAUAAACUAUUCAUCAUAACAUUUACUUUACUGGUUAAUAUAAACUUGGAUCAGAGCCAUUCAUUAUCAGUAGACUUCUGAUAUUGGGGUUGAAAUAUAUUUAGCAUGUAAUGCUGAGGUUCAUGUUCAUCAGUUAAAAUUUCUUUGAAGAAUUCUUUGGCAUUCUAUGGGAAUUUUAUUCAGAUGGGCUAACCUAGAUAAAUCUGAGAUUUUUGUUGUCAAGAAAACAUGUUUAUAAUAAAAUCAUUCAAAAAGGUUGAAGAUUUUGUUUACAUGUUUUCCAUGCUUUUUGACUGAAUAGCAGCUAAAAGUGACACUCCAUUUAGAUAUAGACAGAUAUUAUUUUAGCUAAUAGUUUAAGAUGAAGCCUUUAUUUAGAAAUGUAAACUCUUUUUUUAUACUUAUUUUUUUCCACAAAGUGACAUUUCUUGUAUUAUCCUGAAGUUUCCAUUUGAAUUUUCAAGACUGUUUCAGUUGGUUGUUUCUGCAGGUACCAGCUACAUCACGGUGCCCAUGCAACAUCUUCUAAAUUGUGUUAACAUUCCAUUUAUGUCAGAAAUUCUUAAGCUAAAAUAUACCUCCAAAUAAAUAAUCAAACUUACAAGAAAACAUAGGAUUUGCAAUGGUCUUCCCAGUUCCUAGUUAUUAUUGAAAAUCUGUGGGGAGAUCCCAAAGUACAAUGCAGGCCAAGAAGUCUCAGAAUGUUUCUCAGUUGGAAGAGUUGUGUUAAUGAAGAGUGAGAAUAAAUUCCAAAAGCAAAGCUAGAACAACUCGGCUGGCUACAGAAAAUGUCUGCCAAAGGAGGUGUUACAAAGUACUGCCUGAAAGAUUAUCCAAACCUCUGCCCCUGUGUAUCUUCUUACCUUGAAUCUGUAAAUAACUGCACGUAAAUUGUAAAGUAUGCAUUGAAAUUUGUAGAACACUGUUAUGUCGUUUUGUAUCAUGUAGAAUUUUUGCCAUUUUCUGUUUGCUUAAGGAUUUAUUGAAGUGUACAAUUUGACCAAGGGUGCCUAACUUUUGCACAUGAGUAUAUUUGUAUUGUUUGUGAGUUACUUUAGAAUUAAAAAAAAAUUGAGACAA